CUGCCUCCCAAGCAUUUCCCAUACGGACGUGCUAAGUCACGCCUGGGUUUCCUCGGAAAAUUUAAAGUCCAGUUAGAACCAACUGUUGGCAUCAGACACAAUAGAAGCAGGGGGAAAGAAAGCAAGCCAAAAGGGGGAAAAAGAAGCAUGAGAGGCGUAAGAGCUUUAGAUGUAUUGCUGAGUUCGGGGCUCUUUGUCAUUCUGAUUCUACCUACUGCAACGAAAGCAGUGGACAUAUGUGAGAGGAAUGAAUUCCAGUGCCAAGAUGGAACAUGCAUCUCCUAUAAGUGGGUCUGCGAUGGUACUCCUGAGUGUAAAGAUGGAUCUGACGAAACCCUAGAGACCUGCUCAUCUGUGACCUGCAAACCAGGAGAGUUCAGCUGUGGUGGCCGCAAUAAUCGCUGCAUUCCCUUAUCCUGGAAAUGUGACUCCCAAAUGGACUGUGAGAACGGUUCGGAUGAACGAGAUUGCCCUCCUAAGACGUGCACCCACGACCAGUUCCAAUGCCAUAACGGAAAGUGUAUCUCCCAAGAAUUUGUCUGUGACACGGACCGGGACUGUGAUGACGGGAGUGAUGAGCUGAAUUGUCCAGACCCCACCUGCAAUCCAGCAACGUUCCGGUGCAACAACACUGCAUGUAUCCCCAAGCUAUGGGCCUGUGAUGGCGACCCGGACUGUGAUGAUGGCUCUGAUGAAUGGCCUCACAACUGUGGGGGACAUAACUUGGUCAAGGAGAUCAAGCCUUGCUCUUCUCUGGAGUUCCACUGUGGCAGUGGGGAGUGCAUCCACAUGAGCUGGAAGUGUGAUGGGGGUUAUGACUGCAAGGACAAGUCUGAUGAGGAAGGCUGUGUCAAAGGCACCUGCCGCCCUGAUGAAUUUCAGUGCAAUGAUGGGGAGUGUAUCCACGGGAGCCGACAGUGCAACAAGAUAUAUGACUGCAAAGACUUGAGUGAUGAGAUGGGCUGUGUCAAUGUAACACUGUGUGAGGGCCCAAACAAAUUUAAAUGCCACAGUGGAGAAUGUAUCACUUUUGACAAAGUGUGUAAUGGACUCAGAGACUGCCGUGACUGGUCUGAUGAGCCCCUCAAGGAAUGUGGAACCAAUGAAUGUCUGGACAACAAAGGUGGCUGCUCACAUGUAUGCAAUGACCUCAAGAUAGGGUAUGAAUGUCUGUGCCCUGAAGGCUUCCAGCUUAUUGACCAGAAGAGAUGUGAAGAUAUUGAUGAGUGCCAGAACCCGGACACUUGCAGCCAGUUCUGCGUGAAUCUCCAGGGAAGUUACAAGUGUGAGUGUAAUGAAGGCUACCAGACCGACCCAAUCACCAAGACCUGCAAGGCCAUCGGCACUAUUGCCUAUCUCUUUUUCACCAACCGCCACGAAGUGAGGAAGAUGACUUUGGACCGAAGUGAAUACAUCAGCCUCAUUCCAAAUCUGAAGAACGUAGUAGCCUUGGACAUGGAAGUUGCUAGCAAUAAGAUCUACUGGUCUGACCUAUCACAGAAGAAGAUAUAUAGCUCUGAAAUUAACAAUGCCCAUAGUUUUUCCACUCAUGACACUGUGAUCAGUGGGGAUAUCCAGGCUCCAGAUGGCAUCGCAGUUGACUGGAUCCAUGGGAAUCUCUACUGGACAGACUCUGUCCUUGGUACCAUUUCUGUGGCCAAUACCAAGGGCUCCAAGAGGAAGACACUUUUCAAGCAGGAAGGUGCUAAACCCCGGGCCAUUGUAGUAGACCCAGUUCAUGGCUUCAUGUAUUGGACAGACUGGGGAACCCCUGCCAAGAUCGGUAAAGGUGGUCUAAAUGGAGUUGACAGCUUCCCCUUGGUAACAGAAGAUAUACAGUGGCCCAAUGGAAUCACUCUUGAUCUUUCCAGUGAUCGUCUCUACUGGGUUGACUCCAAACUCCACUCCAUCUCCAGCGUGGAUGUCAAUGGUGGAAACAGGAGGACUGUGUUAGAGGAUAAAAACAAACUCGCACACCCAUUCUCCUUGGCAAUCUUUGAGGAUAAGGUCUUCUGGACAGAUAUUAUAAAUGAAGCCAUUUUCAGUGCAAAUCGCCUCACGGGCUCUGAUAUCAUCUUGGUGGCGGAAGAUCUGUUGUCUCCUGAGGACAUCGUCCUCUAUCACAACCUUACCCAGCCAACAGGGGUCAACUGGUGUGAGAAGACUUCUCUCUCCAAUGGUGGCUGCCAGUAUCUGUGCCUUCCGGCUCCGCAAAUUAACUCUCAUUCCCCCAAAUUUACCUGUGCUUGUCCUGAUGGCAUGUACCUGGCUGCAGACAUGCGAAGUUGCACCAAAGAAGUGAUUGUACCUGUUACUGCUACCAUGACCAGUACAACCAAGGAGCCUCAUUCUAAAACAACCACUCUUGCCCGAUUAGUAACAACUGUAACAACUCAGAAGCAGACCACCAAACAUGGCACUCCUGACCUCACGACAGCAGAAAUGGUUACAAUAUCCCAAAAAGCAGUUCAGAAUCCAAUGGGAAUACAAGACAGUCAAGAGCAUCAUGGUGGACCCAAAGCUCUAUCCAUUGUUUUACCAAUAGUUCUGAUCAUUUUGAUUUGCUUUGGAGCAUUCCUGGUAUGGAAGAACUGGCGACUCAAGAACAUCAAUAGUAUAAACUUUGAUAAUCCCGUCUAUCAGAAGACGACAGAAGAUGAAGUUCACAUCUGUAGGAGUCAAGAUGGCUACACGUAUCCCUCGAGACAGAUGGUGAGCCUGGAAGAUGAUAUUGCAUGAAUGGUUGCCACAAGAAGUGCCUCUUAACAAAAGUUGCUGCUUAUUUAUGGGAGGAAAAUGCCUUUUCUUUCCCAGUCCUUUAUCAACUGCUCACCUCCCAGGGCAGCCACUGCUGCUAAUUCCUGAGGGACCUGAUAUCCUCCUACCUAAAGAAAGAAGAGAAAGUUAAACAAAAGACCAAAAAAGAAAAAAAAAAAGCCACUACCCCACUCACCUCCAGAGGAAUGGGCUUUGUUGGUGGUAAUGGGGCUGAGCUGACUGUCUUCUUGGAGUUUUGUUUUAUAUAUUUAUUCAUCUUGGAGGCAAGGCAGUCAAGCUUCUGAUGGGGUUUCUUGGACGAUGGGUUUUGUUGGUGAUUUCCCUUACGUGUGAAGGAGAAGAGAAACAGGAAACAAGAUGGAGGUGAUUCUCUGGAUGUAAGGCGGCAAUAUUUCUCUGGUGGGAUUUGGAUGCUUCCUCCACCACAGCCUAGUCUUUUGGAUAAAGGAGUCAAGAUGAGGAAUGCGGUUAUGUGAAGACUUGGGGACUGAAUUCAAGCACAGUGGCUUCUAGAUAGAAACAGGUGCUACUCCUGGUCAGGUGCUGCACCCCAUCCCUUCCCUAUUCCCUGUAUCUCAAGAGUGAAAGUGUUUACUUCUACCUUGGAAUUCUUGGUAGACAACCUGUCCUGACACCCUCCCUCUCAUAAUCCCAAAAUUGGCCUCUUCCAAGCACAUCUGUGCUCUUCUUUUAAGCCAUUAAGUUGCCUCAGAGAUGACUAGUAAUCAAGUGUGGGGUUAGCUUGAGCUAAAACGAGCUGAACCCCAGUCACUUAACCACUCAUUUACAGUAGCUCCUGCCAUCAUUCAUGCUAUUAUAUGCCACAGUGUGCCAGACAGUAUCCCGUGAACUCCAACUAGGCCAGUUUGGUCCUGGGAGUCAGCCAUUUUAUGAAGUUUUUUGUUUUUGUUUCCCCCAUCCAAUAUCUCCUUCCCCCUCACUCACCCCUCUUCCUUUUCAUGGGUGAAUUUUUUAUCUUUUUCUUGCACUUUUUUCAGUUCAGGGUUGUAUAUUUGUAAAUUUUAUAUUUUUAUUAUGAUUUUGCACUGUUUUCUUUUGUAUAUAUUAUUUUGACUAAUAAUGAGGAUUUGGCCAGGAUGACCAAUUGCAAACUGCCAACAAAAAGAUUUUGUUGUAUUUGUGAAUUUACGGUGUUUUGUAUAUUGUUCAGUGAGUGAGGUAGGGGUGUGUGUGUGUGUGUGUGUGUGUGUGUGUGUGUGUAUGCGUGCGUGCACAGGUGUGUUUUUCUGAGUUUGUCUAAGUGGAAGAGUCGAUCAGGAAACCCAAGCCAGGAUUUCAUUGAAAUACAGUUUAUAAUUGCCAUCCAUUCUUUCUAGCUCAUGUCUAAUGGACUAAUUGAAGUCUGCUCCCCUUGUGUUUCUUAGGAAUCCACACAGUUGAAUACUUUACUUCACUUAGGGAGAUGUGCUAUCUCAGUGCAUCUCAAAUCAGUGUCCUCUGCUCAGAAUAUUUGCACAGGACCAGCAAUUCUUAUACUGGGUUCAACUAUAUAUUUUCAAUUAAAAGCCUUUUAGAAGGAACAGCCGCAGACAGACAUUGGACUGUUUGCCUUGCACUUCAUGGUCCCUGAAUAAAUGUUUGUUAAACUGAAGUGAAAUGAACACUGGAGAGACCCAGGCAAACUCCCAUUAUUCCUGAUUGGUGAGUAUUUGUUCUCCUGUCACCCCCACCCAUCCUUUUCAGUCUAAAGGAAAUGGGAGUGAACAGGACAUAAAGACUAGACUAGAGAAAGAUUUAAAGCACUACAACCCUCUAUUGCCAGAAGCUGUGAAAGACAUUCUGAAGCCUGUAAAUAAACUCAUGUACAGUCAGUAGGUUAUUUGUUUUGUGUGUGUGGUUUUUUGCACAUAAUGUCUUUUUAUGGAUUAUUCUUUGUGUAUUUGGGUGAAACCACUCACUCAUUUAAAAAAAAUUUCUUGGGGCACCCUCUGUGUCUGGGGUGAUUUUUCUUCUGAGUCUUUCUCCUUAUCCUAUAUCUAAAAAUGACAUUUGCACCACUAUGGCUGAUGCUUCCUGGGGAAAUGGUAUUUGUGCGUGUGCACACACAUAUACACACAACACUGAUCACUUUUGGAAUGGGUGGGUGUCAGACUUUUUAACCAACUGUAUGUACAAAAUGUUUUUAUAGCCUGAUUGUCUUACUGUGAUCAAUUAAAUUUCUUAAGUGCA